AGCACCAACAUCUAGAAAAAGCCCAAGGUCAUAAUGGAACUUAAAACAACCAAAACCAGUUAAAUACUCACUCCACUACCACUUUUAUAGGCCAUCACAAAACAGCCAUUGUUACACUUCUCAGGGAAAAAAAAAUGGGAUCGCGAUUCGAGGUGGAGGUGAAGAUCUCAUCAGCUAAGGAUUUGAAGAACGUUAAUUGGCGUUAUGGCCGUCUUAAGCCAUAUGCUGUUGUUUGGGUUGACCCGAAAGGGAAAUGCUCCACCAAAGUCGAUGAUAAUGGCGAUACUUCUCCUUCUUGGAAUGAGAAGCUUGUGAUUCCUUUGUAUGCUCCGAUCGAAGAGUCUACUUUGUAUAUCGAUGUUGUUCACGCUAAUGCAACCGAGGGAACAAAGCCUUUGAUUGGUUCAGCUAAGCUUCCGCUCCGUGAGGUUGUUGAUAGCGUUGGAAUCGGUAAUUUGACGGAGAGGUCGCUUGAUUUGAAGCGUCCUUCUGGUCGCCCACAUGGAAAGGUGAAAAUUGAGGUUACUGUUCGUGAUCCGCGCUAUCGUGCGCCGGAUCCGUAUUAUGCGCCUCCUUACGGUGUACCUCCACCAGCUGGAUCAAGGGAUUACCCUGCUCCGCCGCAACCUUACGGCGGAUCAUACGGUGCUCCUGCCCCUGCCCCUGGUGCUGCUCCUUCCCCUUACGGUGCUCCUGCUCCCUAUGCUGCUCCGCCGGCGGGUUAUCCGUACAACGCCGCUCCGGCUCCAGGUCCAGCUCCGGGUUAUGGUGGAGCACCUGCUCCCGCGCCGGGUUAUGGUCAACAACCAAGUUACGGUGCUCCUCCUGCACCGUACGGGCAGCAGGGUAGUUACGGACAACAGCCUGGUUACCCGCAGCAAGGAAGUUACGGAUCGCAGGGUAGUUACGGGCAGCAGGGAAGCUACGGGGCACAGCCUCAGGGUAGUUACGGAUCGCAGAAAGCAGGGUAUGGUUACGAGGAGAAGAAGAAGAGCAAAUUCGGAGGAAUGGGGCUGGGAGCGGGACUGGCUAUGGGUGCGGUUGCAGGAGCAUUGGGUGGAUUAGCCAUAUCUGAAGGUAUUGAUCACAUAGAAGAUAACAUAGCCGAGAAGGCGGCGGAGAAGGUUGAGGAUGAUCUCGACGAUGGUGGUUAUGACGACGAUGAUUACUAGAUAACUU